ACGUAAAAGGCAUCUUGCGUCCAUCCAACUUUCUUCCUUUCGGUUUAUCAGACGAGAACAGCAAGCGUCAUGGGUGUGGAGUCGAUGGACCUGGACCGCGAUGUGACGGUGUUUCUGAGAGAGCAGCGGGCAAAAGCUCCCCAAGAGUUGAGAGAGUUUUACACAACAUUUGAAGAUUUGUAUGACAAAAAACUAUGGCAUCAACUGACGAAUGCGCUGGAGAGUUUUGUCGCGCAGCCGUCCUCUGGGUCUCACCUAUUUGCUCUGUACGAGAACUUCAUCGUGGACUGGGAGAAGAAAAUGAACCAGCUUAGUCUGGUUAGAUUUGUUACAAGAGCCAGCAGAGAGCUCCGAGAUCCCAAGGAAUCGCUGGCUUUUUUGACCAACCAAGCAGACAAGCUCAAGGAAAAGGCUGAUUCCAAGGACGCUUAUGUACUGGCCACCAUGGAAGCGGCUCAUUACAAGCGUGCGAUAGGAGAUUUGGAGGGUUGUAAGGCGGCGAUUGACGAGUGUGAGAAGAUAUUGGACGAACUUCCUGUGACCGAGCCAGUGAUAAAUGCGAGCUUCUAUCGUGUUGCUGCUGAUUAUUACAAGGCGAAAAUGGCCUACCCGCAAUACUACCACAAUGCCUUACUAUUCCUGUCAUCGGUCUCCUUGGAGGAGUUGAGCGAUUUGGAGAAACAGGAGCGCGCAUAUGAGCUUGCAAUUAGUGCACUUCUUGGCGAAGGCGUGUACAACUUUGGGGAAUUGCUUCAGCAUCAAAUCUUGGAUAGUCUGAAGGGCACAGGAUAUGACUGGCUCAGGCACAUGCUCUUCUGCUUCAAUGGUGGCGAUAUGGACGCUUUCGAGAAAAUCAGCCGAAGUGGUGACUUUUUGAAGCAGCCCCUUCUUGUCAGUUCGAUUCCAUUCCUCCGCCAAAAACUGUGCUUGAUGACCCUUAUUGAGGCCGUAUUCAAGCGGAGUAAGGAGUCCCGGGGACGCAUGACUUUUGCCGCGAUCUCACAAGAAACCAGGGUGUUAAUUGAGGAGGUGGAACAUCUGGUGAUGAAAGCAUUGAGUUUAGGGUUGAUCAAAGGAAAGAUUGAUGAGGUGGAUCAGAUCGUGAUGGUAACCUGGGUGCAGCCACGAGUUUUGGACAAGACUCAAAUUGGAACCAUCCGCGACAGGCUUGGGGAAUGGUCAGAUAAAGUGAAGGAGCGAGUCAUAUCACUCGAGGGGGCGGAGGGUGCAGCAGAGGUGUUUUUCCAAUGAUGGUUGAAACUCAAAAAAAUACAAAUGACGUUGCAACUA